GCAAGAAAGUGAGAGAGAGGAGAAGAGGAAAGGCAAAAGGUGGCAGUGACAGUCUUGAGUCAAAAGAGGAAGGAGCAGACAGGCUACAAAAUGGUAUUGCUCUUAUGGCUGGGGUCCCAGCUGUCCUUCUGGAGUAACAUCUCUAUACUGGGAGUUUUUCUUACAGUGUUUACUUUACUGCUGGACUUCAUGAAGCGCAGAAAGAAGUGGAGCCGUUACCCACCAGGCCCAGCCUCGCUGCCAUUCAUUGGGACCAUGUUCUCCAUUGACUUCCACAACCCCCACCACUCCUUCGGCCAGCUCCAGAAGAAGUUUGGAAACAUCUUUAGUCUCCAGAACUGCUGGACCAACCUGGUAGUGCUGAAUGGGUAUAAAACAGUGAAGGAAGCCCUGGUCCACAAAUCGGAGGACUUUGCUGACCGGCCGCACUUCCCAAUAUACGAGCACAUGGGCUAUGGAAAGAACUCUGAAGGGAUUAUUGUAGCAAGAUACGGGCACGUCUGGAAGGAGCUAAGGAGAUUCACGCUCUCUACACUGAGGAACUUUGGGAUGGGAAAGAAAUCCCUGGAGGAGCGAGUGGUAGAGGAAGCUGGAUUUCUUUGUUCUGAAAUCAAGUCUGAAGAAGGUAAAUCUUUUGAUAUACGCUUUCUCAUAAGUAAUGCUGUCUGCAACAUGAUCUGCAACAUUGUCUUUGGAGACCGUUUUGACUAUGGUGAUGAGACAUUCAAGAAGCUGUCACAGUUAUUUCAAAACUCCUUGAAUGAAGAAACAGGAUUCCUGCCUCAGCUUCUUAACGUGGUGCCCAUUUUGGUGCGCAUCCCUGGAGUGCCACAGAAAAUCUUUCGAGCACAAAAGGAGUUAAUGGACUUCAUAGAUGUGGUCUUAGAUAAGCAUAUGAAGACCUGGAACCCUUCUUACACCCGAGAUAUCACGGAUGUGUUUUUAAAGGAAAUGGAGAAGGGUAAGGCAGCUGAAGAGAACGGUUUUCACUACAGCAACCUUCGUAUGGUGACCAUGGACUUGUUUACAGCUGGUUCUGAGACCACCUCCACCACUCUCCGCUGGGCAUUGCUAUAUAUGCUUCUCCACCCAGAAAUACAGAGUAAGGUCCAGGCAGAGAUUGAUAGAGUGAUUGGCAGAGAGAGACCCCCCACCAUGAAGGACCAAGCUAGCAUGCCUUACACAAAUGCUGUGAUCCAUGAAGUGCAACGCUACGGGGACAUUGUUCCUGUGGGGCUACCUCACAUGACGUACCGGGACACAGAGUUGCAAGGCUUCUUCAUUCCCAAGGGGACAACAAUCAUCACCAAUUUGUCUUCCGUGCUGAAGGAUGAAACAAUCUGGGAGAAACCAAACGAGUUUUACCCCGAGCACUUCCUGGAUGCAAAGGGGCAGUUUGUGAAACCAGAGGCCUUCCUGCCCUUCUCAGCAGGUCGCCGUGCCUGUCCGGGAGAACAGCUGGCCAGGAUGGAGCUCUUCCUCUUCUUUACCACUCUCCUGCAGAAAUUCACUUUUGUGGUCCCUGAGGACCAGCCCAGGCCACGGGUGGACGGUCACUUUGCACUCACGAGCUCUCCACACCCAUACCUGCUGCGAGCUCUCCCAAGAUAGGUGCACACCACUCUCCUUUCACUGACAGACCACCACCCCCCCAGACUCUGUCAGGAACAUUGCAGGUCUAGGCAGGAUCAUGCCACGUUCAAUCUCAAGUCUUUACAGCUGUGUAAAGUAAGGAUCUAGGCCAAUAUCUUGUUGAGCUUAAUUCUAGUUGUGGUUCUUGAAUCAAACAAGAGAGCUUCAGCUUCAACAACAAGGUGACACUAAAAUGUAGUUUCUGAGUAGUUCUUCUGGGAAAUCUUACUGUCCAAGACAUACAUGUUCCCUUCAUUCAUUUCUGUUUAUUACACACUUCUGUAUGUUGAACAAAUAUUGCAUUGUCUUAAUUUAUAGCCUCAAAGAAAAUUUUACUCCUGAUAACCCUUAUGUCACAGUAUGCCUCCAGUAGGGAGUAAACACCAAGGAGUACAUAAAUAAUCCAUAUGGUGUUUCAGCCACAGAAGGUCAUUUGUGAAAUACAGAAAUUUUGAUAAAUACAUUUAAAGUGAAAUCCUGGUGUUUAGAUUUACUCUCUCUUCUAAUUAAAACUUUUUUUUUGCAUUACAUAAAAUCAGCUCUUGGGCAGGUUUGGAACUCACAAAGGGAUGGAGUUAUACUGUUUGAAACUGUAUGGCCAUAGAUUUCAGAGCUACCUUUCUCUUUCUUCCUGCAAUAUUCCUGACAAAUUGUUUUGCAAGAUGCAAAGGUAUGUUGAUGUUUAAAUUAGCAAUAGUUCCUUUACCACAUCUAAAGAGACAGUAGCACCAAGGAGCUCCUAUGUAUAACCACCACUAAAAAAAAGAAAAUAUCUGAAAUUGAGUGCACAUGUGCAGUAGUAAUUUUGUGUAAUAGUAAUUUUGGAAGCUAUGAAAGCUAUUUAAUUAUGCAAAUACGUAUUAACAUAAUUAAGAUUUGAACUUCAUCAGGAACUAUACAUUUGCACAUUUAUGCUUUUCAACUACAAAAUAACUUGAAAGAAUAAAAGUGAUGUGAAAUCUUC